CAUGCUGAUUGAAUCACCAAACCCCUUUUCGAUUUCGACUCUGCAAACACACACUACACGCACUCACACACACCUACAGAUCACCCCCAAGGUGAAGGCGGCACACCCCUUCCGCCUCGACACCACGUCCCCGUUUCCCCCAAAUCACCCAAUCACUCCUCGAUUCGCAGGUGCAGUAGAGAGAGAGAGAGAGAGAAAGGAGAAAGGAAACGGACGUGAAUCCGGCCUCGUAUGCGCUUGGGCUAGGGGGAAUAGCGGAAUAGCAUCAGCAUGCACUGCAUAAGGUAGCGUGGGUUGGAGUUGCUCCGUGAAAUUGAGUGAAUUGGACAAUACGAUGUCGCAUCAGGUCGUUGAGGUGAGGAGGGAGGCGCUGGCCCCAUGCAUGACAUGCCCUCUCUGCCACAAGCUCUUCCGCGACGCCACCACAAUUAUCGAAUGCCUCCACACUUUUUGCAGGAAAUGCAUUUACAAGAAGCUUUCAGACGAGGAAAUGGAAUGUUGUCCAGUAUGCAAUAUCGACUUGGGAUGUGUAGCAUUGGAGAAGUUGAGACCGGAUCAUAAUUUCCAAGAUGUGCGGGCAAAAAUAUUUCCACAUAAGAGGAUAAAACUUAAGGCCCCUGAGGUAGUGACUCCUGUUGCAUUGCCUGCUAAGCGGAAGGAAAGAUCUCUUUCAUCGUUGGUGGUCAAUACCCCAAGAGUAUCAACACAGGUCAGCAUGACUGGUAGAAGAUCAAAAUCUGUUGCUAGAAAAGCAUCAAGAGGAUCCAGCUUUACCAUAGAAAGGCCCGUUUUAAAUUCUGUUGUGGACCAACCUGAAAGCUCUAGCUCACAAGAGAUGCUGAACAAAUCAACUCACAAUAAUAGAAAGAACUCCUCUGCAUGUGAGCCAUCUCAUCACAGUCCUGAUAAAGAAGGAAAGAAUUGUUCUGAGCAAUGGGAAGAAAAAGGUGAUUUGUGGAAGCCUUUAACUUGUUUGGUCGAAGCAGCAAGCCGAAGCAAAUCCUCUAAGUUCAACACACUAGAUUCUCAUGUCAAAUCUGAAGAGAAUAAUCCCUAUGAGAAGGAGGGUCUUCUCAGAAAAAACAAAAUAAAGGAACAGAUGAAGAAAUCCAAAAUUAAUGAAGAGAAGAAUUGUAUAGAGCAUACCCCUCAGGAAAUUGAGAGGCCUAAAAAGCUACGCAAAAUCCGGCAGAAAACACAAAAUUUUGGGAACUUCAGGGUUCCGCCUCAGGUUCUGCUUGAUGCUGCCAGUGCUAAAAUUGACAGAAGAAGAAACUGUCCUAUUUGGUUUUCUUUAGUUGCCUCUAACGAACUAGAUGGAGAUGCAUUGCCCUUGCCUCAGAUUUCGGCAAGUUACUUGAGAAUAAAGGAUGGAAGUAUACCAGUUUCGUUCAUUCAAAAGUACCUCAAGAGGAAGUUAGAUCUUACAAAUGAUGUUGAGGUUGAGAUGAAGUGCAUGGGGCAGAGCAUCAUCCCCACACUAACGCUGAACAAUCUGGUUGAUCUGUGGCUUCAAACAACUAGUACAGACAGAGUGAAAGCCACAAUCGGCUCAUCAGCCAAGGACUUCGUGAUGGUGUUGGGCUAUGCUCGCAGGGCACCUGAUUCUUAGGCUCAUCAUGCCCCGAUUUGGCCUUUCACGAGCACCGCACUUCAGCGUUUAGGAGCAAAGUCGCGAUGAGAAUGCAUUGUAAGAUGAGGUGUGAGGAGUGAAUGUGGCAUGUUUAGUGACUUGAAGUACCUGUUUUUAAAUUUUAUUACUACAUGAUUGUGCUCGAGCUCGACUCGUGAAUGCAAAAUGUGCCCUCUUUGUUCAUUAUUACAUUGGACUUUUGACAUAAUUACGUUAUUUAAGUUAUAUGUGAAACUUAACAUAUUUUUUCUUUUUUUAA